UGGAAAGCGUCGUGAAAUUCGGAAUAAAAUCUCACCGGUAGUUGGCGCUCAUGAUCUCGCAGACGAUUAUUUUCAAAUUAAUGGACUGUUGACGCCUAACCUUCAAGAAGUGGGUUUCAAUCAAUUAUAAUAAUGUUACCUCUAACCUUGCUGAAAACUGCGCAAAAUCACCCUAUGCUGGUGGAACUGAAAAAUGGGGAGACGUACAACGGCCAUUUAGUCAGCUGCGAUAACUGGAUGAACAUCAACCUGAGAGAGGUUAUAUGUACUUCAAGGGAUGGCGAUAAAUUCUGGAGGAUGCCAGAAUGCUACAUAAGAGGCAGCACAAUAAAGUAUUUAAGAAUUCCUGAUGAAGUAAUAGAUAUGGUAAAGGAGGACAUACAGAUGAAAUCCAGAGGACGUGGCGAGAUGAAAGGUCGAGGCCAAAGUCAAAGGGGACGCGGCAGUGGUAGAGGUACUUUCGGCAGAGGAGGAGGAAGAGGUCCGGCACCAUUGGGUCGUGGGGGUAGCACGCAAGUUGGCAAUAAAUCACAAAAUAAACCAAGACAAAAAUAAAUAAAUAGUAUUUUUAUUUCAAUUCAAUUGCAUCAUUUUCUAUUCAAAUAUCUUGGAAAUCUUUUUUAGUAAAGAUUUUUCGCUACCUAAUUCCAUAUCUUCAUGUAUUCUGAUACAUGUAAACUUGAUAUCUUGAUUUAUGCGAAGCUACAAAGGCAUAUAGAACUUAUUUGAAUCACGCUGUACUUAAUUUUACUUACAUUACAUUUUAGUUACAUAUUAGCAUGGUUCUUUUUUUGGUUUUAGUGACAAUAUAUUUUAAAACUUUCUCAUUUAAUUUCUUUUCGCGCAAAUCAUCUUCAUUGUAACAAAAUUAAUAUAAAUAAUCGUAAGAAUCUUAAAUAAAUAGCAAACAUUUCCAUGACUAUUCUGUACAGUUCUGUAUAAUUUCGAGAAAAAAAAUAAAACUAAUAUAAUUCCAAUA